UGCCUUAUCGCUUUAAUAUGUACUACACAUUAUUUACACCUGCUAAGAGACCCACUGUAGAGUAUCACAGGAAAAAUGUGUCUUCGAGGGACCGGUUUUUCCAUGAACCGCUUGACCUCAACAUGAGGUUAAGUGGAAACAUUUCUUUCGUUUACAGAAGACCCAUAUCAAGAUCCAAACAGCCAAUCAACCUAUAAACAUAGACCAAUGAAUGAUGGACGGUGAGAAUAUGGAGCUUGUUGGUGUUACACACGUUUUGGACGCCGUCACGUUUUGGGCGCAGAAUGUCAAGGACGAUCAAGCCAUUGACAACAUAAGAAAAGCCUUGGCAGACAAAUGCCCAACAGCGCCAAGGGUACUUGGAACUCCCAAUCCUCAGAAGAUUUAUGGGGCAGUCUUCUCUGAGGACAGCUGUUGGUACAGGUGCAAGGUUCUGCAGCAGACUGAUCAUUUUCACGUGUCCUACAUUGACUAUGGGAACACAGAGUUUGUCAGUCGGUCAGCUCUGGUGGAGCUGCCAGGGGAUCUACAGGCACUUUGUCUGGCCAAGAAGUACAAGUUCCAGGGCUUCAAUGUGUCCACUGACCAAGACUCAGCACAUUUCCUGCAGGGAAAGGCCUUCCUUCAGAAUCUGAUCUAUGGGAAGAUAUCCGCAUCCAGAAGAAAAAUCUGCUUGGACGGGACCGUCCUGGUCCAGGCCUUUCAGGGAAACCUGGACAUCGGUGAAGAGGUUUUGAAGAUGAAGUUUGCCAAGUUCACCCUCCCGGGGAGUAACCGUGAGGGCCCCAUGUCUUUGCGGGCCCUGCAGGAGUCCCAUUGCCCGUGGCCUCAGCGGGUGUUGGAUUGGCCUGGCCCCCAGGGGGAUGGGGACAUGCCUGGCUCUACAGUCUGCAUGCCCAAACUGGAGAAGAGCAAGGCCACAGCCCAGCAUGCUGCCAACCUAAUGAAGAAGAAGAUGGACCAGGAGCUGGUGGAGGAUAACCAGAGGCUGAAGGCAGAACGAGAGACCCAGCGCAGGGAGGACCAGCUGAGAGACAGCCUCUCAGAGCUCCAGAAGUUGAAAGAGGAGACUGCUAAUUAUGCGAAAGAGGCAGAGAGAUGGAAGGUGGAGAGGAACACACUCCAGAACCAAUCAGAGCAGCUGGAGACUGACCUGCAAGUUGCCAAACAGGAAGUGCAGGCUAUGAGGGGACAGUUAAAGAAGAAGGAGAAGGAAGUGGAGAAGCUCCUGGACUCAGCGAGAGAAAACCCAGGUAACACGGAUAGCGACAGCCUUACGGAGUCUAUCAACAUUGUCAUAAACAACAGCAUCUCUGCCCCGGUUGCCAUGGAGAAGCUGGAGUCGGCAUGGAGAGAUUACAGCCUGGCUCAGGAGAAAGUCAAGGCCUGUCAGACGAAGGAGCAGCUUGGGGAUCUGAUAGACAACCGGAAUAAGGUGCGAGGUGUUCUGACUGCCACUGUAGAGUCCUUCCUUCAGGAGGCUGAGUGUUUGCCAGUCAGACAACGCAUGGACAAACUGGAGCAGGUGAGCUCCUCCCUGACUGCACUGUUUGGUCCAGCCUCUAUGGAGGGGGAUGUUGGAGAGCAGGCCUUUGAGCAGUACAGCCAGUGGAGGACUCAGAGGAGUCAGCUCACCAGCUCUGUCAGAGACGGGACAGACAAGGCCCUCCAGGCCCUGUGUACCUGGUCGGAGAACGUUGGCAAGUUUUUCUGCCUGUCAGCUAACACAGUGGUGGGAGUGAAUGACAUCGUGGACGGAGUGAAUGAGCUGCUGAAGCAGGCAGAGAACAACGUGGCCAAGGAGCUGGACUGUCCCCUGUCAGUCGGGGAGCAGAACAACCAUGAGACCAAGGCAGUGUCCAACGCUUUCCACAAAGUCAUGCAGCACAUUCAGAGUGAGCAGAGUCUGCUGAGGGACAUUAUGGACAAAUAUCUGCUCAACACCAAGUUUAAGGGUGAGAUGCUACAGUGGCAGAAUGCUAGCCCGACUCCAGACUCUCUGUUCUCUGUGAAGAAACGUAUCCGCAGCCUGAGGGCUCAGCUGAGGUGGAGACAGGUGGAGGAGGCCAGUCUGGAGGAGGCUGAAGACUUUGACCUAACAGAGAUUCUGAAGAAGAAGGAAGAGAUUGCUGAGACCAGAAACACUCUUUUCCAUGAAAUCGGUCAAGAAAGAAAAGAAUAUAUGAAGCUCAGUGCUCUGGCUGAAGGCUGCUGUCCUGAGCUCCCCCUGCUCUACCCUGAGGCAGACAUCCACAGCCACAUGAGCUCUGGAGGUCUGGUGGUGAAGAGUCUGGACAGGGACAUGUUUGACGCUGAGCCCAUGAAGGAGCUGAGUGGACGCAGGCCUCUGGUCUGUACUGAGUUCCAGGGACAGAGGGUCAUACUCAAGGGUUACACUGUGAAUGAGGAGGCAGAGGCCAGAGUGUUGGAGAGAACCACCCAGUUUCACAGAACCAGGACUCAGCGGGAGAGUCAGACUGACACUGGAAUGCUCCCUCUUCUGGCACUGUUCUUUGGCAAGUCAGACCCUCUUGCCUAUGUGAUGGUGCCAUACUUCCCCAAUGGAAGUCUCUGGAAUGUUCAGGCUGCCACACCCCUAACUGCCUCAGAGACUGUGAAGGUGAUGAGAGGCGUGGCCAGGGGCCUCCAGGCCCUCCACGCUGCAGGUGUCACCCAUGCCUCCCUCAACCCCAACAACGUCUUCGUCCUCCACCGACACCAAGGCAUGGUGGGAGACUACGACUUCAUAAAGACUCCUGUACAGAGGGCAGUGGACAGUGGGAUGGUGGCCGGCUCUAUCAGCCUGGUGGCCCCAGAGCUCCGUCAGACACAAGGCACACCUCCUACUCCAGCCUGUGACAUGUACUCCUACGGCUGCCUGCUGUUCUGGCUGCAUGCCCCAGGGUUCAACGGGGAUCUGGAUAGUGGCAGCAGACUGGCCCUGGAUAUCAGCGGAGUGAAACUGGAGGACAAACUCCAAGCCCUGCUGUCUAAGCUGCUGGUGUGUGUUGGAAGACUGACUGCUGCUGAGACCCUGGCUGAUGACUACUUCCUGUCUGACCAGUAACCAGGCAACCGGUACAUACUGGGAUAGUUUGGUCGACAGUUUGACUUUAAUACCAGCCUGGGUAACGUCUGUUUAGCUAACAUUCCACUCCGUGACAUGCCAAAUAUAGUUUACUAUGUCAAGAAGUGGAAUAAUGUCUAAACAGACCAGUAUCCAGACUACUUCAAUACUACAAUGUUUUGUUGAAAUCCCAAUAUAAAAGCACAAUAUAUUUGUCAGUCUGCUGAUUUAAAAGCACAGUAUCAUGUUGUUUAACUGUAUAUUAUUUUCCUUUUUUAAAUGUUCUGUUCAGUAACUAGGUGAUGUUGGAGUACCCUGUCUUGCAGUUGUCACUUUCUAGAGUAAAUAAAAUACACGUUCUGAGAUGGA